GGCAACAAGGAAGUCUAUGCAUUGGCCGCUUGCCGGCUUCCGCAGCAGAUGUAUAAAAGCAAGAUCAGUCUGCGUUCCAUGGUCCAUCUUCCCCUUGCUUUCCGCUAGUUUCUCUCGAGGCCGGGUCCUUGAUUUUCUUUCUUUUUACCUUUUCUUCCAUUCAUUCUCCGGUCCCCUUUGUUGGCUUGAAGCGUUAGGUAUUCAGACAGUAAACAUCAAGUGCAGGCACCAUGCAGCUCGGACUCUCGUUUUCUCUGCUUCUGGCAAGCUUACUCGUCGCGUUGUCGUCUUCCCAAGUCGACGCGCACCCGGUGAAGCGGAAUGCGGGACUGGUCACGCUACCCCUCAAGCGUGUGCACCAGGCUCGGGGUGAUGUACACCCUCAAAUGCUCUUGCAGCAGCACAUGAACCGCGGUCACCGCCGUCUGGCGCGUAUGACCGGACGAAUCGCCCCUAAUGACACCGAACUCGAGGCGAACCUCCGCAAGAGGAUGUACCUGCUCCCGUACGGCCCUGGCUCUAAGAGGCCCACGAAGCGCUACGACCGAAGCGGUGUUGCUUCCGCCAAGGCCAAGAUGGUCAAGUCGACUGCGAAGACAAACAGCGCCGUGGCGGAUUCCAACGAGGCGUUCUCCAUCGACGACCUCAUCGGGUUGCUCACUGGCAAUGGCAACAAUGCCCAGGCAGCUGGUAAGCAACAGGCGAAGGGCAAUGCCAAGGGGAGCAAUGGCAAGGGCAAAGGAGCUGCUGCUGGUAAUGGCAACGCUACUGCAUCUGGCUCUGCUGCCGCUGCCUCCUCGAGCGCAGGUGCUGGCUUCAGCGAGGUUGAUCUCCAGGCUCUUGAGAACGGUGGUCUGACGGCCGCAGGCGCGCCCACUGCCGACAACUCCCUUGGCCUCGACAUUGAGGCCAACGAUGUCGGAUACAUCGCGACCGUCCAGAUGGGCACCCCGCCUAGGGACUUCAAGCUCCUAAUGGACUCUGGUUCUGCCGACCUUUGGGUGGGAUCGGAGCAGUGCCAGUCGACGGCUGGUGGUGGAUGCGGCAAUCACACUUUCCUCGGGUCGCAGAGUUCCUCUUCUUUCAAGGACACUGGGAACCCCUUCCAGGUCACCUACGGAAGCGGUGCUGUUGCCGGUAAUAUCGUCACUGAUAAUAUCAAUGUUGCUGGCCUUGCGUUGAAUGCGCACACCUUCGGUGUUGCUACGCAAGAGACCCAGGAUUUCUCCAGCGACCAGGUUCCCUUCGACGGUCUCAUGGGCUUGGCUCAGUCGACCCUGUCUGAGCAGAAGACGCUCACUCCCGUCGAGUCCCUGGCUAAGGCGGGUCUCAUCAACGACGCUAUUACUUCCUACAAGAUCUCCCGUCUCGCUGACCAGAAGAACGACGGUGAGAUCACCUUCGGUGGCAUCGACGAGACCAAAAUCGACGCCAGCACCCUGACUACUUUCGACAAUGUCAACACCCAGGGCUUCUGGGAAGGUGCCAUGGACUCGAUCACCGCUGAUGGCAAGGACCUCGGACUGACUGGCCGCACUGCUAUCCUCGACACCGGCACCACUCUGAUCAUCGCUCCCCCUCAGGAUGCCACCGCCGUCCACCAAGCCAUCCCUGGUGCCAAGUCUGACGGCCAAGGUGGUUUUACCAUCCCGUGCACGACCACCACCAGCCUUGCUCUGUCCUUCGGCGGAACCUCCUUCGCGAUCGACCCCCGUGACUUGGCCUUCCAGCCUCUCGACCCCAAUGACUUGACCGGCGACUGCGUCUCUGGUAUUUCAUCCGGACAGAUCGGCGCCGCUACGGAAUGGCUGGUUGGAGAUGUGUUCCUCAAGAACGCCUACUUCUCGACUGACGUGACGAAGAACCAGAUCUCGCUGGCUAAGCUUGCUUAGGCUAGCCCUCGCUCUCUUUUGCUGGUUGCGUUGUAGUCCCGCUGCUCUCAUCUACGUUCGCUUGAUAGUGUUGUACGCUUUACUGUUUCGUUGUCUAGUUAGCUUUCGCUUAUCUCAGUCACUGGCCGGAAGGGAAUCGGAUCUGAAAUGCUGGACAUAGUCUCUUCAAGAUAAUGCUGAAGCAAUGAAGCACGGUUGCUAUAGAUGUUAAGCUUUCUCUGUCGCCGGCUGUUGUACGUUUUUCUUAGCAGCAGACCAGAACGUUCCUAGUCGCAAUUCACAAGGGAAAUAUGAGUGGAGGCACCAGAUUUGCUUACAUCAGUGUGAUGAUCGGC